UUCAGAAAUCAUGGUUAAGGCAGUGUGUGUGCUCAAGGGGGAGGUUGUCAACGGAACCGUUCACUUUGAACAGGAGGGAGAUGGCCCUGUUACUCUGUCCGGAGAGUUGACUGGUCUCUCUGAUGGUCUUCAUGGAUUCCAUGUUCAUCAGUUUGGAGACAACACUAACGGAUGUAUGUCUGCUGGUCCUCACUUUAACGUUGAUGGUUCCGAGCACGGAGCUCCAACUGAUGCCAAGGGAGCCCGUCAUGCUGGAGAUCUGGGGAACGUUACUGCAGAGGGAGGUGUAGCUAAGGUUGAGAUCAGUGACGCUAUGAUCAGCCUGAGCGGUGAGAACUCAAUCAUUGGGCGCACCAUGGUCAUUCAUGCUGAUGAAGAUGACCUUGGUCAGGGUGGUCACGAGCUCAGCAAGAGCACCGGAAAUGCCGGAGCUCGUGCUGCCUGUGGCGUGAUCGGUAUCGCCAAGUAAGGCGACAAGACAGUAAGCUGUAGUGGACCUCAAUAUGUAAACCUAGAUGUGAUCCCUGUGUUUGAUUUGAUUAAAUAUU